GUGAUGGCUCCAGGAAACCAACCGUCCCAGAAUGCAAAGGCCGUCGGUGACGCCAUUAGACGAGCGCCAGCAGCGCGGAGAGAGGGGAGCGCCGUGGUCCCCGCCGCCUCCCACCCUGCCGCCUCCGUCGCCGCAGCCUCCGUGGGGCCCUCCGUGUCUGCGCAGCUCUGCCCGCGGCUCCUGGAGGAGCAGCGGAGCGUGGGGCCCAGCGCGGGUGCGGGGUGCGGCCAUGGCAGACGGUGCGGGAGCAGGCGCGGCGGGCCAGGCCUCCGGACCGGCGGGGGGCUCCAGUGGGGCGGGCGGCCCCGUCAAUCCCGCUUCGCUGCCUCCGGGAGACCCGCAACUCAUCGCUCUCAUAGUGGAGCAGCUCAAGAGCCGUGGCCUGUUUGACAGCUUCCGCCGGGACUGCCUGGCCGACGUAGACACUAAGCCAGCUUACCAGAACCUGAGGCAGAAGGUGGAUAAUUUUGUGUCAACACAUCUGGACAAACAGGAAUGGAAUCCUGCCAUGAACAAGAACCAGUUGCGAAAUGGGCUGAGGCAGAGCGUGGUUCAGUCAGGCAUGUUGGAAGCAGGAGUGGACAGGAUCAUUUCUCAAGUUGUAGACCCCAAACUAAACCACAUCUUCAGGCCACAGAUAGAACGGGCAAUCCAUGAGUUCCUGGCCGCCCAGAAAAAGGAAGCUGUGCCAGCUCCACCUCCGGAGCCUGACAGCCAGGACCCCCCAGCACCGUCCCAAGAUGCCUCUUAAGAAUAUACCUGAUAACCUUUGGGAAGCUCUUUUUAACGAAGAAACGGAUUCCUGUUUCAUAUGAAUAUAACUUUAGUCGACCUCGUCAUCACUGAUGUCAAGAUUUGGCCUUGACUGCAGUGGUAUCCACAUUGGAUGGAGAGCAAGUGUGGUGGUGGGACAGUUACCGUCCUUGCUCGUGGAUUGUGUCAGCCUGUCGAAGGGCGUAGACCCCAGUAGACACUACAGAGGUUUAAGCACUACAGUGACCCGGGCUGUCCUGAACGAACCUUUAUACUUGAACACGGACACUGCAUGUGGAUGUUAGCGCUUGCGCUCUGUGGUGUGCAGAAGCCAGGCGGGAGGCUCGCUGGUCGGGACGCAAGGGUUGGUGGGAGCGGCUGUUGAUGGUAGGUUUCGACACGCUAGAGUUCAGACUGAGGGUGUGGCAGCUGGCAUCAGUAGCUGUAAGACUGUGUGACCUUCCAUGAUCGUGGACCUUAGUGGCUCCCUUCCCUAGUCAGAGGGAGUGCUGGAACCCUGGAGAGAGUGAGGAAGCUGAGUCGUGGGGUGCACGCACGGAAAGCCCCACAGCUUCCGUCCUGGCGUCUCCCCAUCUGCAGGGCGAGUCACUCUGGGUGCCAUGCUCAGUUCUCAUGUUAGUGUUUUUAGAAAAUAAACUGCUAAUAAAUAGUGGAUGUUUUACAAUAAA